AUGAUGUUCAUUCGCAUCCAUGCCCUGUAUCAUCGGAAUAUACCAGUAUUGGUCAGUGUAUUUGUGGUAUUGUGCGUGGAAUUCGGCGUGAAUGCGUGGUUGCUCACCCAUGGUCAACGGGUACAUCACAAUCCGGCCUCUGGUGUAGUCGCAUGCACCAUGAUUUUCUCGCCGACAGUUCCGGGAUGGUUAGCUGCUGCCUCUGCUUGGCUUCCCCUUCUAUACGACACGAUCGUCCUGGGUCUGACCCUCUUCCGUACCCUACCUUCUCUCAAGAAUCGCAGAACGUCAUACAUCAUGAAGCGGUUGUUCCAAGACGGUCUCGUCUACUAUACUUUAACGGUAGCAAUGAUGUCGCGUAUAACAAUCAACCUCAAGAAAUCUGUCCACAAAGUAAACGACACAGAAGUCCGACCCGAGAUGCCGAGCAUGUUCACACAAAAGACGCGGCUCGAAGUCAGCGGGGACGUCCAUAUCGUCGCUCCAGGAUUCAACCAACCAGGUCGAUCUCGAUCAAAGCCCCACUGUCAUACCGAUACGAUACAGAGCUCAUGGGAGGGCGACGUCGAAGAUGAGGAAGGGCAUACGGGGAGUUUUCCGAUGAUUAGAAUUCAGAAUCCGAAUUCGAGGUUGAGUACGAUUGAUGAGUCGUUGAGGAGCACCUCGGCGUAUUACAGGAAGGGGAGACUGGAUAGUAGCGUUGGAGGAGUUGUGGAAAUUCAGACGUACGAGUCGUUCAAGGAGGAUCCGUAUCCUGCCAGGAAAGGAAGCGGAGAGGAUGUAUCGGGCAGAAGGCAAUCAAAGUGA